UACAAUUUCAAUGGAAACUCAGCAACAAAACUCGACAUCUAUACUGGUAUUGUAUCAGAAGAAAUAAAACAAAACUGAAGAACACUCAGUACGUCAAUGAAGUGAUUUCCCAUCGUUUUCGGCAGUAGAAGCAGACGACGAUGGCGGAGAACUGAAGUAACGGCGGAGCUGCUUCGUCAGAAUUGCAUCCGCAGGACUGCAAAACCACAUCCAUGGCUCCGGCUUCAUCGGCGCAGGAGUAGAAGAAGACGGCCGAGAAUUAAAAUUGCCAAAAUAAGUGCGGAGCUGCUUAAUCACCACUGCAUCCGCUGGACUGCAAAACCACAUCCACGGCUCCGGAUUACCUGUUGAAAACGAGCUUUUUUUCGGUUGCUGCAGACUACUCGCAGUAGCAGAAAUCGACUCGGCACCACAGCAAAGAGAGAGAGUCAAAAUCAGUUCUUUUCUUAUUCUUUUUUUAGCCGCCAUUGCGAAGCUUACAUAUUUAUUGCGAGCAGCGAAUCGAUUGUUCAGUUUAACCGAAAAAGAAGAACGAUUAUUCAAUUUUCUGAUGUGCUAUGUCCUGCUUCCAAUCCGCCGUCGUCGCAUUGCGGACUGUUUACCCCAAGGCCGUCGUCUGGUCGGAAGAGAAUUUGGUGGCGGUGGCCUGUGGCGCAGCUGUUAUAAUUCUGAAUCCUCAUAAUCCUAAAGUUCGAGGUGUGAUUACCGUUCCAUCUAGCAAGCGCUUUCCCACUGGGAAGAUUGAUGUUGAUGGCGGAGGUGCGGAUUUGCUAAAUGGGUGCUUGCUUCCAUAUCAUUUAUCAAGGGAAACUCGUCCUUGUGUUCGGUCGAUUUCUUGGUCUCCUGCAGGUCUCGCCAAAGAUGCUGGCUGCUUGCUUGCUCUUUGCACCACCAGCGGGCAUGUGAAGCUUUACCGUCGUCCACAUUGUUCUCCGGAGUGGAUAGAGGUUGUGAAUAUAUCUGAAGUGUUAUAUAAUUACUACAAGAGCACCAAUUUUGGGGAGUGUCAAAUUGUACCCUUGGAAGGUUCUGACGUUAUACCAAGACAAGAUACUGCAAAUAAGGGUACACGUUUGAGAAAGUGUAUCAACCAUAGAAGACAAAAAACAGCUAAUGUAGUAUCAGAAGACCAUGAAAAUUUGGGUGAGAAGAACAAUUGGCAAAUUGUUUCCUCCUCUUUCUAUGAAGGGGACCCUCUGGAGGAAGUGACGGAAGACUGUCUUCCAUUAAUAUCUGCACAGCAGUAUGCUUCUCGCAAUGAAAUGCUAAUGUCACUUAUUAUUGCCUGGUCUCCAAUUCUGGAGACAUCUGGAAACGAUGUGGCUUUUCCUUCUAGCUCUUCUAAUUGCUGCUCAAUUCUUGCUGUUGGUGGAAAGUGCGGUAAAAUUUCAUUGUGGAGAGUUCGUGCACCUGAGUGCUAUUCUACUGAUAAUGCUGGGCACGCGAGUGAGGUUCGACUUGUUGGCCUUGAGAAGGUACAUGAUAGCUGGAUUACAGCAAUUAGUUGGGUUGGAUAUGGGUCUAAUGAUUCAAAGACCCAGUUUGCAUUGGCUACUGGGAGUUCUGAUGGUAGUGUGAAGAUCUGGCUGGUAAAUGGUGAAAAAUUACUCAAGGCGUCUGAAGUUAUCAAUGAUUCAUUAUCAUUGUUGAGGGAGGUUGCGACUGUUGAUUCUUCUAUGAUAUCUGUACUUUCACUUACUGUGCCCGCUCGAUCACCAACGAAAUUGUUCUUGGCUAUUGGCAAAAGUUCCGGAUCCUUUGAAUUGUGUACCCUUGACACAUCUACUGACAAAUUUGACAACGUUGGCUGUUAUAAUGCACAUGACAGCACGGUUUCUGGUUUAGCUUGGGCGUUUGAUGGACGUUGUUUGUACAGCUGUAGUCAGAAUAACUCCUUGAAGAGCUGGAUUUUCGUUGGAGAUUCUCUGUCUGAAGUGUCACUUCCCCGAAGCAGUCCUGGUUUGAAGAGCUCCACAGAGUUCGCUCAUGCAUUAGACUCUUGCUUUGGUCUAUCGGUAUCUCCUGGAAAUUUGGCAGUUGCUGUGGUUCGCAGAUAUGACAGUGAUCUACUAGAUCCGAUGUAUGAAGGAAGAUCUCAUAAAUCUGCAGUUGAGUUCCUUUGGGUUGGAGGCCAGCAAUUGGACCCUUCUGUUGUUACAUCUUCAGAGAUAGCAAAGGAAACAUUUCCUGGAUUCCCGGAGAAAGAACUGACUUGGUGGGAAAUGAAUAUACUCGGGCGUCUUAACAAGUAUGAGAACCCCAACAGGCUUCUGAACAUUUUUGAUAUCGUGGCAGCUCUCCGAGCCUUCAAGCAGUCUGCACCCAAGUAUGUAGAGCAUAUCCUGCUGAAAUGUCUGGCAUCUUGCUUAGGAUCCAAGUGUGAAAUAUCUCGUAAAUUAUUGUCUGAAGCGCCUAAGCUUCUGACCAUGCACUCAUCCCGUCAGUUGCACCUCAUAAACAUAAUCAGCAGGGAAGUGGUGCUUAAAGAAUUCAUGACAGAGAACGUGAGCGGAAAAGAACAUGUAUUAGAAGGCUUGAGUGGUGACAAGAAAGAAGAAAUAAAUCUGUGGAUGGACUUACUACUUAGCUGUGAAAAAGAACUCUUGUUGAGGCUUGUCAGCAUUAGUAUUUCAGCAGAAGAAUUUUCCGGAGUUGGAGGUGAUGGAUUGCCACAGAUGAAGCAGUGGCUUUUGCAAAAUGUGAAAGACGAAUACAAAUUCCUUGCAGCAGAAAUUAGAGAGGUUAAGAAGAGGAAACUAGAGGAAACCUCAGAACACGAAGUGCAUGAUCGCUGCCACUUCUGCACAGGCGUUGUGCCAUUCGAAUCAACUGAGUACGCAACUUGCUCCGGAUCAAUAGACAAAACUGGGGUUAAUCGAACGCACAAGCUUCAAAGGUGUGCAGUUACUCUCCAGAUUCUACCAACUAAGCCCUCCUGGUAUUGUAUGUGUUGCCACAGACGGGCUUCAAAGAUGGCGCCCACCAUUUUGUUCGCCAUGCCCAGGUAUCCUUCCGAUUUCAAGUCUUUCGUAGAGUCUCCUACUCACAAGCAUACUUCGACACCAUGCUGUCCCUUCUGCGGCAUACUUCUACAUAGAUCGCAACCGCAAUAUUUUCUGUCACCUUCCCCAUGUUGAUUUAUGGAAAAUGAAAGCAUUGAUGGGAUCAAAGUUGAGAAUAUGCUGCUAAUGUCACAUUCAUAGGUUGUACCAGUCAUGGAAGAAACAGUUGAAUACAUUAUGUACAGUAUGCUGACUUUAAUGAUUAGUUAAUUAUGAUUACUGCAAGGAAAAAAAAUGUUGCAUUUUCCA